CUUAAGUCCUACAGAUGUCAUAUCGGUAGUCGAUGAGUGGAUGGAAAGCAGAAGGAUAAAGGGAUGUCUGCAGUCUGAUAUCUUGGAGAUUGAAGAUGUGGAUAGUAUCAGAAGAUGUAAAUCUUCUAAUAGCACAGACACAGGAAAUGCAAAAGGCCAUAGUCAUACCAGACUCAGAUGAAGGGAAUGCUUACAGUCCAAUUCCCAGUUGCUCAAAGAUGCCUGAUAAUCAGCAGGAUGUUCAUACCAAAGAUGGGAUUAUAGAGGAAAAUACAGAUACUACACCAGAAAAGGCUGGUGAAAGUGUAGCAGAUGAAGUGUCACCAAUUUUACCUUCAAGUUAUAGGAAACUUAUUAGACCCAAUUUGAAUCUUUAUUCAUCGACACCAAAACUAAAUGCAAAACGUCUGUUCAAGGUCACAACUCCAAACCUAACUAGAAUAGAACAAGAAUGUUCAUUGUCUAGUGAAGCUGAGAAUACAGAACCAUUACUAGGACAGAAAAGUACAACCAAAAGUAUUUUGCAGAAUAAAAAAUCUGAUGAUACUAUUAAUCCAAUAGCCUCGGUUGUUACAGAACCUACAGUAUUACUUAGUCAGAGAAGCAAAGUACGCUGCAAACUCAGUAAAUUCUCUGCACUAGAUAAGCCAGACAGUAAAAAUGUAUCAACGGACAGUAACCAAGAGCCGGUUUUCUUUUAUCAGGAUGGGUCCAGUUCUGACAAAAGUGUGAAAAGCAUUUACUCAAGAUCCAUAGAGGACUCUGAAAUUCCACAAACAUCCCACCAAGAUAGAAGAAUCGAAAUUGAUGAAAGUGUCAAAAUAAUUGAACAAUUCAAAGGCAGUGAUAGUGUCAAAGUUGAUGCAAACCUUAAGAAAAGCAAUAGCAGUAAAUGUAAUGAGAGUUUUCCAGCAAAUUGUGAAGACAGAUUAGUUUCUAAAAGUAGUCAGAAUGUAAACAGUGACAUGGAAGACAUAUCUGAAAAGCACAAAAAAUAUAAUAUUACAGAGGAAACCAAAGAUGCCUGUUCCUCUGCAGUAAAAGAUGUGUGUAGUGUUAACUUUGACCUUAGUUUUGAAGAUGACUUGUUUGCUGACUUUGAUAUGAAUGAAGUGAAUGAAGGCCCCAAAGAAGAGAAAUUUGAAUGUACCACUCCUAACGAUCCUUCAGUACCAAAGCAGACAAAGCAGUCCUUUGAACAGAAGGACAUAAAACCUUUUGAGAGAUCAAAGCAAAAUCUUCUAAGUGUCACACAAAUCAUUGACCUUGUUGAUGAGUCAGAUGAAGAAAGUGAUUUUGCCUCUAGUAAGAGUAUAUCUGAACUGGAAAAUGAUGGUGCUUCUAGGCAAGAAAGGCUCAGUUAUAGGUUCUUAGGCAGGAAUGGGAUAAGCAGUUCACGAGGAAGCAGGAGACUUUCUUGUUCCAAGUCUGAACCUUUGCUGCAAGAAAAAGAUGCUAAUGAUAUAUUAAAUAAGCCCAGCUUUACUUUAUGUGAUGACAUUCUACUUGAUAGGAAUGAAAACUGUGAAAAACUGCCAUCACUGAGUAAGACUUCAAGUCAGAGUGGAAGGAAUACUUCGUUCUUGACCGAAACAAGAAAAGCAUCACCUAUACAUCCCAUAAUUAAAGAAAAUUUAUCAUCAGAGAACCCGGAUGCCAGGCCCACAGUAGUAGAGCCCAACUUUUCUUUGCUUGACGAUGUUGAUUUUGAUGACAAUGAUUGGUCAGUAGUAGAAGAAGCAGAGGAAAAGUCUAAGAGUUUGGAUAACUGGGACUUGCCGGGGGGGAGCGGAGAUUUUGAACCCAUGUCCGAGUCGCUGCUGGCCGAUAUUGAGCUGAAUAAGAAGAUGGCCAAGGAAGAGAAAAAGAAGAAAAAGGAAGUGAGUUUCUCUCUCCACACUGAUGAUAACUCUAAGAACUCUCCAGUUGUAAUUGUGUCAGAUGACAAAUCGCCCGUUUCCAAAAAGAGAGAAUCGGCCAAGCUCAACACAAGUCUACUGGCGGGAACUCAGGAGGCAACGCAGGUGUGGCGAAGACAAAAGAGAAGACUCGGUCAGGUUGUGGAUUCGGACAGUGAGGACGACCUGACGAACGGCGGAAAUUCAGAAGGAGAAAGUCCCCGAGUAAGAAAGGCGAUGACUAGCUUGAGCUCAGCCAGUACAGAUUCAGAACGAAAGAGCUGGAAGGGUAAAAGUCUUAAAAACAACAAUCGAGACUCUACGGUUUCUAUAGAGGAUGACGAUUUUGAAGGUGAAGUGUCAGUUCUACGCCCAGGGCCUAAGUACAUUAAUCAGGCUGAAAAGAAAACAAAAAGACGUGAUAAGCUGAAAAACAACUUUAUUCAUAAUGAAGCAGAAUUAUCUGAAGAUGGAGAAGGGGUGUCCAGUGAUGAGUCAGAGGGAGAGCAUCUCGACAGAUAUGACGAGAGUUUUGUCGAUGAUUGCACACAGCUCUCCCAAGAUGCAGCAGUAGACAUGAGGGCUGUCUACCUGCAGUCGGUUGUCAGUCCAAAAUUAGCUAAUCGCGUGAAUCACCGUUCACAUCGUGCUCCUGUUGUUCUCUCUGACACAGAUGAACAGAGUGAAGAUUCUGAAGAGGAGGAAGAAGACAGCUUUGUGGUGGAUAACAACUUUGUGGAGUAUGACACGGAGUACAUGGGAGACACUAUGCUAGCUGAAGAUUCAAUUAUGAUUAAGGCAAUGCAUGAUCAUGCAAAUGCUAAGAAGAGGCAGAAAGAGGCAGGCAAAGGGAAGAACAAAAGAAAGAGAAUAAUUUUGAACAAUUCAUCAAGUGAUGAAGACAGCACAGCACAGCACAAGAAAAUGAAAAACAUCGACGGUUGCACAUUUAAUGCCAAGAAGAACAAUAUGAACAAUAGUUUCUCAAGAAAAGGAACUGAUUGCUCUGGAAAUUUAUCUGAACCAAAUAAGGGAAACUUCAAGGCAGUGGGAAUAGGAAAUCACAAUAAACUGAAAUCAGGGAAAGGAAACUCAAAAUUAGGUAGAGGUUUAGCAUCAAAUAUUGAAGAUGCACCAGCAGAGAGGACCAAGAUUGCAUCCUCUUUUAAGCCAAGCAGAGAAAGCAUAAUGCAAGAUUCCUCUUCUGCCGAUGAUGACUUCAAGCAAAUAAGUCGAGUGCAAGUACCUCUCAAGGACCGAGUCUUGGGGAAAAUAAAACAGGCGGAAAGUGCCAACAAACAGACAAAGGGCACGCAGAGAGUCAAGGAUAACAGUGCCAAUAAAAUGGAAGACUCUGUAGGUGCAUCAUUUAACUUGGGCUCUGAGGGAUUUGAUUUUGAAUUAGAAGAAGAGAUGUUAGCAAAACAAGAGACUAAAGGAUUCAGAGUGUCAGUAACACCCAGCAAAAUUUCACCUUCGUCAUCAUCAAUUCAAAUCGACUCAUAUAACUUGGCCAGAAUAUGUGGCUUCUCCUCUCCAAGGGAAAGGCCCUUGGCAUCUCGAAGUCUUUUGAAAAACUCGGAAGAAGCAAACGUAUCUGACGUGACAAAAACUUGGGGACAGGGAAGCUCAUCAACCACAGCCAGAGGGCAAGGGUCUUCCUCUUCAUCGGCAUCUGGAAGUCAGUCGAAGAACUCAGAAGCCAAAGCCAAAGAAGAAAACAGGUCUAUUGGAACAAAAGCUUCAGCGAGUGUACCACCCCUCCUUCUGGUGGACUCUCAGGAAAUUAGUAUUGCAGGUGGCAUUGCAUCCAAACUAAGACUGCAUAAGGAUGUUAAUAUAUCAGUGGUCCAGCUAGCACACGCUCAGUAUGUUACAUCAACGAGAAUGGGAGUCACCAGAUUGUUGUAUUCGACUUUUACCAGCAUUCAGCAGAGAGGGAAGUUAAUACAGAGGGUGCAAGGCAUGUUAAACAUCUAUGAACGUUCGGUGCUCAUUAUAGAAUCAGACCGUUUAAAGCCUGGGGAAUCUCCUCACAAUGCACACAGCACUCGCUCGAAAUACGUGGACACCAUAACAUGUGCUUGUACUCAUGUCGAGCGCUUCAAAGUCUUAUAUUCCAGAAAUCAAGAGGACACUUCCAAAAUAGUGUGGCAGCUUGUAGAACAAGAGAGAGAAAAGGGUUUUAGUAUUUUUGUGAUCCCAACUUUCUUAAUUCAGCAUCAGAAGAUUCUGAAUUUUUUCAAAUCCUUGCCUCGCAUCAGCUAUGCAUCAGCCAUCUAUUUGGCAUACAACUUCAAAACUAUUGUUGACUUUAUUAACAGUUCUGUUGCAACUAUCCAGGAGAAAGGGUGCAUGACGUAUGAAAAGGCCACAGAGAUAAAGCAAUACCUUUAUCGCAAGUUUAGGCCGGACAUGCUUCCUCCAUCCUGAUGCAUCUGUAUAGUCGAUAAUGUUGAACUGCAUAACUUUUUUUAUUUUACUCUAUUUAAUGACUUUUAGGUGGUUGAUUAUAUGUUUUAAAUGCAGCUGGGGUAUGAUCGUUGCAUGUUAUUUUUGUACUUGUAAUUAUGUAUGUGCCUAUUUUUUUUGGCAUAUUCAACAACAAGAAUAAAUAAAUGCCACAAAAGCUGUGAGAACAAUAUAUAUAUGUAUGCUUUAUUGUUAUUUUCUAGUAGGCAGUAGUCUAAUAUUUUUUUAAAUCUGUAAAUAUACAAAAAUAUCUGUGAUAGUUAUGUUAAAUAAAAAUUAUUGUGACAACUGAAACGUGAUUUUUUAAUUCAAACUUGAAAUAAAAGAUGAUUUUAAUGGAA